AGGCAGUCGCAGUGUUAGUUAACACUUCACUGUCAGGAGAGCGGGGUGAAGAGAACAGAAGAACAAGACUGAGAUUUGAAAUUAACCUUAAAACAGGAGAAAAUGUUACAGAGGGCGGCCUCCAAUGUGUCAGACAAAAAGAGCAUGAAGCCGAAGCGCUCCACCAGCUUCGGCAGGUUUGAGGGGCUCAGACAUCAUUCAUCACAAGCAAAGCCAGAGGAAAAUGGAACAUCCAUGCUCACAGAAGAGUGUGAGACUUUGGACCCAAACAAAUCGGCUGGACUUGGAAAAAAGAUGAAGGCCAUUUCAUUGACCAUGCGCAGAAAAAUGGGCAAAAAACACGCCAAGUCUUUCUCUGAGGAGAUGGGUGAUGACACAGACAAAGACCCUGAGGUAGAGACAGAGGGUAGCCUGCCAGCUGAGAAAAACUCUGCAAAGACAAGCAACUCGUUAGAGAGUCUUUACAGUGGCCAGAGCUCGUCUAGUUCAGGCGGUGUGACCAGUGAAUCCAACGGUUCUGGUAAGAGAGACAGUCUGAGGCUGGAGGAGGACGGCUCCUAUCAGGGACAGUUCUGCGGCAGAGCUCGUGUCCAUACAGACUUCGUUCCCAGCCCGUAUGACACAGAUUCCCUCAAACUCAAGGUUGGUGACAUCAUCAACAUCAUCAGUAAGCCUCCAAUGGGCAUCUGGACAGGCAUGCUAAACAACAAAGUGGGCAAUUUCAAGUUCAUCUAUGUAGAUGUUUUAGUGGAAAAGGAGGAAGAAGAGGAGGCACCAAAGAUCAGACAACAGAAGCUGUGCAAAAGACCUCGACCUAAAACAUUGCUGGAGUUACUAGAACGACUGAAUCUUGAGGAGUACGCCUCUGCCUUGCUGAUAAAUGGCUACCAGACAGUGGAGGACUUAUUGCACCUGCAGGAGAAACACCUGAUAGAGCUGAAUGUCAAAGACCCCGAGCACAGACGCAAGCUUCUCGCUGCUGCUGAGUACCGCUACACAGAAGGUGAUGAUGUCAGGGAUGCGGAGGAGCACAUAUCCUCCCACAGUCUACAGGAAGAGGACAGUGACUGUCCCAGAGACUCGGGCUGCUUCAUUCCAUCUGAAUGCUCAGACAGUAAAGACGACGCAGAGCAGCUCACAGACGCUGCGGACUCUUAAUGCGAUCACCUGUCAGAUGGAUACGUUGAUGUUUGGAACUCAGUGUUGGGUGUAUUCUUAUGACUUGUGGUUUCUACAAUUAUCCCUUUAUUUUCUCAAAAUUUUAUGUUAAUUUCGUGCUUGCCUAAUGUAGAAGCUUUUGAAAAGUGUGAUAGGAAGAACAAACAACCAAUAUUCUAAAUGUCAUCUUAUCCAUGUAUCACUUUAUCAAGAUAAUAAUGAAGUUGUACAUUUGAUUUCUGGAGUUCUCUUUAUUUUAUGUUGUUGAAAAGUGACAUUUAAUUGAUUAAAUGUUACUUAUAUUUAUUGCAAUAUCAAUAAUUUAGUGGUUUUUUUUUCCAUAUAAAGCCUUUAUUUAUCACAUCUGCAUAAUUUUGACCUUUCUUAUCAAAUCCAGUCUGAAUUCAACAUCCAGUGUAAUCUCUUUUUUUCCUUCUGUGAAUAAAGUGGUGUUGUUGAGGGGAUGUUUUUGAAAUGUAGUGACAGGGUUUGAACAGCACAUGGUCAGAUCUUGCCUAUAAUGUAUACUGUACAGGAAAACAUGUUAUUUUCUAAAGUUUUUCUGGCUGUGGUUGAAUGAAUGUGUGUGUGUGCGUGUGUGGCCUAUAAAAAAAGCCUGCGUGCAAAUGAGAGAGCCUGUGUGUGAACUCAUGUAAAGCAUUCGACUGUUUUUGCAACUUUUUGUAAAUAAAGAGCCAAAAGAAAUGCAA